AACCACACAGAGAAUAGCACAGCCAAUUUUACCUCGCAAAAGCCCCGAUCGCGCUUGGAUUAUAACUAUGACUCUGGAAGAGAUCCGCGGACAAGAGAACACAAUGGAAAACAGUGAUAGGGUGCAAAGUGCAGGCGCAGCCCUGGAGGAGCUGCUGGUCGCUGCCAAGAAGCAGGACUACCUGACAGUCGGAGUUUACGAAUCUGCCAAAGUCAUGAAUGUGGACCCAGACAGCGUGGCAUUCUGCAUCCUCGCCACGGAUGAGGAGUACGAGUGCGACAUUGCCCUCCAGAUCCACUUCAUCAUCCAGGCUUUCUGCUUCGACAACGACAUCAACGUGGUGCGCGUCAACGACAUCGAGCGCCUGCCCAACCUCGUGGGUGCAGACGAGACCGGCGAGCCCAAGGACGCGCACUGCAUCUUGUCACGGUACAGCCCCAGUGCAAACCCGUGGAAAGACCCUGCUCUGGACAAGCUGAGUCUUGUCUGAGAGAGCCGCAGUGUCUACGGACUGGUGCCCACCAUCACACUCCAGAACGCUGAAGUGACAUCCCCCUACAAGUCUUCACAUGAUGAGGAAGCUAUGAAAAGAAAAGUCAAGAAGCUGAACUUCACCUAGGGGUGUUGAGCCUUUCCGCCUUUACCUGUCUUGGAUUAAAGAGGCUGUGGCUGCAAUCCCCCUCCCUGCCAGAGUUCAAGUGCAUUCUGGGUCAGCACAUUGGUUCUGGAUGACCCUGUGGAAGGGUUCAAGUCAGAGGUCAAGUGUGGGACUGGGUCUGGUGUUUGUGGACUAGACAGAAAGCCUGAUUGACACUGAGAAGGAGCUGGACUGUGCGGCUGAGUGGUAACCUAGAGAUGGUAACGGGCAUCUGGGAAGAGAUCAGAGAAAGUCGCAGUGAACGAUGCUGUACAAGUAAUGGACUUAUGAAAGCUGGACUGAAUCUCAUCAGAAGGGAACAAGACAGAUGCUGGUCCUGAAGAGGGUAUCUGAAAGUGUCUAAAUGGACUUAACUUUCUUUUUUGAGUGCAGCCAUCAGGAAGUUCUUGGAACAAGCAGAAAUGUUGCUUGUGAAUCCUGACUUGAGCUGUGACACUUCUUUUUAUGGACAAAUAUUUUACUUGCAAAUAUGCAGACAGAACAAUGCAAUAUUUAUUUGAAUUGUGCUCAUUUUAAAAAUGAUUUGUGAAUAAACAUUUGGAAUUAAACCCA